AUGGUGAGUAGUGUAUCAGAAAGCUUCUCUGAAUUGGUUGCCAUGGGCAUAAAAGUCGAGCUUGGAUUGAAGAAUGGAAAAAUGAUAACCACCACUGAAACAUCUGGUAACAAUUUCAAAAAGUUUUCCGGAGGUUUUCAAAGAAAGAAAGAGCCCGAAACAAACACAAUGUCAACCAUUCAAAGAAGGAGUCACUUGUGGAAGAAGCAACAACAAUCAUUUGCUCAGCAACAGUCAACUUAUCCAUUGCAGUAUAUUCAACAACCGUAUGUGGCAGCAGUCACACCGGCUUUCAACCAAUCACAAGCUUUUGUCUAUCAACCUGUUCAACAAGCACCAGUAUACCAACAAACACCUAUGGCACCUGUUUAUCAACAACCAAGGGCACAAGCUCCACGUCUACAAAAUCUUCCAAAUCAAAAUAGGGUACAAAGAGGUAAACCUUAUUUCUCUUCAAUCCCUAUGACGUACACUGAGUUAUACCCAUCACUGUUGCAGAAAGGGUUGGUGACUCCCAGGCCUUUGGGUCCUCCACUAAAUCCUUUGCCUCCAUGGUACAAUAAAGAUGCCCAUUGUCCUUUCCAUGAGGGUGCCCAUGGGCAUGAUUUAGAGGGAUGUUAUGCUUUGAAUCAUAUUGUGCGAGAGUUGGUUGAGAAGAAGAUCCUUUCAUUCCGAGAUGUUGGACCCAAUGUAAAAAGUAACCCUCUGUCGGUGCAUGGUACUGUUAAUGCCAUUGAGGAUGUAUCUGAUGUUUGUAUAAUCAAAAAUGUUGAAUAUGUUAAAACUCCAUUGCUAGCACUCCAUGCAAGAUUGGUGGGAGCUGGUUUGAUUGAUACCUGUCACAAUAACUGUGAAGAAUGUGUCGUUUAUCCAAGAGGGUGUAAGUUUGUACAAGCUGAUAUUCAAAACUUGAUGGAUCAAGGUGUUUUACAAGUCUGUGGUCCUGCAACAAACGAGGAAAUUUUAGUAAUUGAGCCCUUUUUCAAUCUACCAGAACCUGUUGAGAUAACUUAUCAAAGAAAAGAUGUUGUUCAUCCAUCACCCGUGGUAGUUUGUAUGCCUACCCCCUUUCCCUUCGAAAGCACCAAGGCGGUGCCUUAG